AUGCAAGCAUAAUUGACUGAGGGACAAGAUUAGUAAUCAGAAUCAAUAGAUGAUAAAUCAGAGUAGCAGACACAUUCCUCUCCUAAACUGAAUUUCUAAGAGUUCAUCUAGUAAAAACCAGUUUUAGUUUUCUUGGGGUCUCUGUUUACUGUUCUCAUUUGCUGCAUUUUCUCGCAAUGUUUAGUGAGAAUCUCCAAAAACUACAACCUUUCCCUUUAAAAAUACUACAGCAAAAAGAAGUAUGAGAAGGCAAAGUUGAUUCAAAGGUACUUAAAUACAGAGGAUCAGAGCCGAACCAUGGAGUUUGAGAGUAGUUUGGUAGAUAGGAAUAGAGGCAGCAGCAAUGAUCGCUAAAAUGAGAAUGAUUCAUUUAUCAGAGGAGGAGCAGGAUAAGACUACCAAAGCGAUAGCAACUCUAAUUAUAUCAUGAGAGGAAUUAAGGACUGA